UUUCUCUUUUCUGUCUCUCCUUACAGUUGGUCCGUUAACCAUCACCUUCAGGAUGCUCCCUAGUGAAAGGAUGAUCAUCAAAAAAAAUCCUUUCGUUCAGUCUGGUGGCCACUACAGGCCACCUCACUGCUUCGCCCGCUACAAGUCCGCCAUCCUUGUGGCCUACAGGAACCAGGAGAAGUACCUCCACCAUCUUCUCUACUACAUUCAUCCUUUCUUGCAGCGCCAGCAGCUCAGUUACACUAUCUACUUGAUUCAGCAGGUGGGGACUGGUUCAUUUAACCGAGCAAAGUUACUUAAUGUUGGUGUCCGGGAAGCCAUGAAGGAUGAAGACUGGGACUGCCUUGUGCUGCAUGAUGUUGACCUAGUACCUGAGAAUGACUAUAACCUCUACAUUUGCGAUGAAUACUAUCCCAAGCAUAUGGCAAGUGCCAUGGAUAAGUUUCAGUACAUUCUACCUUACAAGACCUUUUUUGGGGGCGUAUCUGCUCUGACUCCAGAUCAUUACAUGAAGAUGAAUGGGUUUCCAAACACAUACUGGGGUGAUGGUGGUGAAAAUGACGACAUUGCUACAAGGAUUCAGUUAGCAGGAAUGAAAAUAGUCCGGACAUCACCUCACCUUGGACGCUACAAAGUGAUGAACUACGAGGAAGACACAGAGAUGCAAGAGCCUUGGAGAAGGCCUACUUCUCAACACAACACCAGGAAAACAUGGAAAGCUGAUGGAAUGAAUUCAUUACAAUUCAGGCUCCUUUCCAGGACAAAGCAUCCUCUUUAUACCAAGAUCACUGUGGACAUAGGAUAUGUUCCCCCAUUCUCUUAAGAGACUGAAAACAAAAGCAGAGGUUGGGUGCAGCCUGGGCAUUCAGCUGCUACCUCCCAUUGUCCUGUGCAGUCUGCACCACCUGAGACUAAUCCUUUUGCCUUUCAUGCAUUUCACUUUUCUUCAAACUGUUUAAGAUUUAGAAGGACAGGCUUCAGGAAUAGGAUAUGACAGCUAAUAAGCAGGCUCUGGCUUACUGUAAAAAUUGUCCACGUCACUGUAAAACUAACUACUGAGCCAAGUGUCUUUGACAGUAAGCUGAUCCAAGGUUUCUGGAACCUUUGUUCCAUAACUGGACAGCUCUGUCCUGCUUUGUACUUAAGUGUUAAUUAGGAUGCAAGCCAUUCUGUCAGAAUGGCCUCUGAAGUGUUAUAUUUUGAGAAAGUGUUGAAGCCAGUCACAGUUCUGUAAAUAUCCUUUGUGAAUUUGAGUAAAAUAAAUUGAGUUCUGUGUUAGGCUUAAGAGUUUUAUAAAAUAUUAAGUAAGAGUGUAAUAAAAGAGAAAGUUGCCCUGAAACCAAA